AUGGCGAUGGCCCCAUCCUGAACGGGUAAUCGAUCGAUUUCAAUUUCCAAUCCUUCCUUCAGUUGCUGGCUUGCUGCUUACGACCUCCAUCGAACGAUCUGCUGGAGAUAUGCUGUUCUUAAACCAUCUAUGGGAAUAUGUUGUGACUUCACUUCCGGUGCUGCUCAUGCCAGCUCUGUAUCUUUUACAGGUCUAAGCUGAACUUUAGAACACUACAUCCGAGUUUUCGCUGAGAUCGGACAACUCGGUAACUUGAGUUCAGGGACACAAAUUGACUUGUUUUCAUCUAACAAAAUGAUAGAUAUUUUAGGUUAUACAGCUUGCAGAAAGUUAUCUCAGAUGUUCUUGGCUGUUGCCUUCUUUCAUAGUUCGGAAUACAUUCUAGCGGUCGCGUUUCACGGGAGAUCGAAUGUGACUCUCAAGUCACUUCUAAUCAGCAAAAAUUAUCUUCUCGCGAUGAUCUUCUCCUUGCUGGAGUACGUUGUUGAAAUCGUUCUAUUUCCUGGGUUGAAUGGACACUGGUGGAUGAGUAACACAGGUCUUGCAUUGGUGGUCAUAGGGGAAAUUGUACGAAAGUCGGCUAUAAUAACUGCUGGCCGAGCCUUCACGCAUCUUAUCAAGGUUCACCAUGAGGAGCAUCACUGGUUGGUUACUCACGGUGUCUAUAGAUUCGUCCAACAUCCCAGGUACUCUGGUUUCCUCAUUUGGUCAGUUGGCACUCAAAUAAUGCUCUGUAAUCCCAUAUCAACAGUUGCUUUUGCAAUUGUUGUUUGGAAAUUCUUUGCAGAAAGAAUACCAUAUGAAGUGUAUUUCUUAAAGUGAUUCUUCGGUUCGGACUAUGAGGGGUACGGACGCGGGGUACAUUCCGGUGUCCCAUUUGUAAAAUGAGGAUUUGUGGCUUCAGAGGAUGGAUUUUGAGUAGGGAUCUGGUUUAACUUUUAUGAUUGAAAAGCAUAGCAGCUACUAACUGAAGUUGGCAUUUGUAUAUGAUCAAAAACGGACAUUUUCGU